AUGUCCUUCAAAUCCUUUGACGGUGGCUCUACAACACGACCGAAUUCGCCUCAGUACCAAGGAGUUCCAGACCAAAGACUGCACACGACAAGAGACUUCGCAAAACUCGUACCCAAAUCCAGAGCAGCACAUUUAGCUUUUCACCGAGUUGUUCUUGCAUUUGAAAAGGAGCCCGUCAAGUAUGAAUGGCACAGAAGAUUCAUCCACGUCCACGAUGCUCAGUCAAUCUUGGAACCGGACACAGACGGUCAUUCUAGUGGAGACAGUGCUUCAAGUAGGGAGUCCUCACCAACACUACCAAUGCAAAUCUAUACCGGAUUUUACAGACUCAACCUGAAUAUCAGACCCCUAAGCCGACAAUAUGGGUGGGUUCUUGGAUGUGGCCGCUGGGCCAAGAAGUUUGUAGAGCACGGUGGGGUAGACUUGAUUCUUGAUCCGAAUCAUAAUCCAGCAGUUGGAGGGCGUCACUGUCGAGUGAAUCACAUCCUUGACUCUAAUGCCCUCCUCAUCAUUGCCAAUAAGAGAGUUCGUGUAGGUGGAACAACGCUUGAUCCCGCCCAGAUCCAAAUUAGCUCUAGGGCACUUGGAGAAAUGGUCACAGAGAUUGAGUUGGGCGACCUUCAAUAUUCUCUCGAGUUCACAGAUAUUGACCAAGACAUCUAUCGAGCGCAACUGCAAACCCUUCGCGCUUCUCUAGAUUAUGAAGGCUUCAAACCCCCAGAGACCAUUGACCCUACGCCAAGCGAGACGGACUACAUUAUCAUGGGCAAAUAUAUUGUCCGAACGUCUUUUGCCAAAGGAGCAUUCGGCUUUGUCUGUGCGGCCAUUGACCAGCGGGAUGGAACCCCUGUUGCAGUAAAGAAGAUUAUCGCUACCACCUCUAGAAGUCACGGCAAGGUUAUCCAAGAAGUAAAGACAUUGAGAAAAUUGAUGCAGAAUUCUCGACCAUCUAGUAUUUUACAGUUGGUCGACUACUUUUCUAUUGAUUCAAAAGAUGACCAGGGGGUCCACGAAUGCUUUUUCAUUUGCAAACCCCUAUUCAGCAAGAGUUUAUACGCAUUUAUCCCGCCUAGUACAGCUUCCAUGUCCACACGUCUUGUUCUCUUCACGCAAAUGCUUCAAGGCUUGAUUUGGCUUCACGACCGUGGCUGCAUGCAUCGAGAUAUCAAGCCUCAGAACAUUCUCGCUUCUAUCGACCCGAUUCAAGCGGUAAUCAUUGAUUUCGGCUGCGCAACAUGGCAAGAAACAUCCUACGAGCAUUGGGUUGGUACGUAUGCUUACUUGGCCCCCGAAGUCGUGGAUCUUAAAAAUGCGGACAAUGCAAGGGAUCCUAACCUACCUUUGGGUAAUGUAUAUGAUAAGUCAGCCGAUGUAUGGAGCAUGGGUAUUUCGGCCCUUGAAUUGCUGUCUACCCAGAAACAUACUUGGACAAUGAUGUCGGAAGAUAUUUAUAACCAGGUAGUGAGGAGAAUGCUGGCUUCUUGUCGUGAUGAAGAAGCCAUGUGGGCUUUCGAGAUCAUUAGCGGGAUGCUUGAGAUGGAUUCAAAGAAACGAAUCGACAAGCGAGUACUGGAAGGACGGUUAGCGGCUCAACUUUACGGUACGGAAGCUAGCAACAAACGCCAACAUACUUAG